AUGGAAAGUAUCAUCAACAGCAUAUCUCCCCACGCCUCGCUGUAUUUGCCCACAUUUGCUCUCUCUAUCCUUCCCAUCACCACUUCCAUGGAAGACCAAUCACCAAAGCCACCGCCACCGCCACCACGAGCCAAGAGCUACAAGUUAACAGCCUCUUCGAUCUCCUAUACUAAAUCAGCCACCGGGUCCAUUAAUCCUAUUGCACCACUGAUCUUCCUCUUCAAACCCUGUACCACAACUCCUCCCACAUUCAUCCUCCGCGAUGUCUCUCUCACUGCCCAUCCAUCUCAAAUCUUGGCCAUUGUUGGUCCCAGCGGAGCCGGUAAAUCUACUCUCCUUGACAUCUUAGCCGCCCGAACUUCACCCACAAACGGCGCUCUUCUUCUCAACUCUUCCCCUCUCAACCCUUCGUCAUUCCGCAAACUCUCCGCCUAUGUCCCCCAGCACGAUGCAUGCCUUCCAUUACUAACUGUGUCCGAGACCUUCGCCUUUGCUGCUCGCCUCCUGGUCCCUAAAACAUCCGAUAUUACCACCAUUAUCUCCUCUCUUCUCGCCGAGCUAAGGCUAGGACACUUAGCAAACACCAGGCUGGCGCAUGGCCUGUCGGGUGGCGAACGUAGACGAGUCUCGAUAGGCAUAAGCCUUCUCCAUGACCCUGCAGUUUUACUUCUCGACGAGCCCACAUCGGGCCUCGACAGCUCGUCAGCUUUCAACGUAAUGCAAACACUUAAAUCGAUAGCUAUUUCGCGCCACCGCACUGUGAUUUUGUCGAUACACCAACCAAGCUUCAAGAUCCUCUCUACCAUUGAUAGAAUCCUCCUGCUAUCCAAAGGGACGGUGGUGCACCAUGGCACACUUUCUUCACUGCAGUCAUUAUUGGUCUCGAAUGGCUUCACUGUUCCUCCACAGCUCAAUGCAUUAGAAUAUUCCAUGGAAAUACUAAGCCAACUCAAUGAGCUUAAGCCCAUCACACCCCCUUCACUCCCUCCAUCACCAAAUAACUCCACAGCCUCUCCUUGUGAUACUGAAGGAAAAAGAAUAAGAUACAGGAGCUCUAGAGUCCAUGAGAUCCUCACCCUUUAUAACAGAUUUUGGAAGAUCGUUUACAGAACCAGACAGCUUCUUUUAACAAACGCAUUGGAAGCUCUUGUUGUGGGUCUGGUUCUUGGAACCAUUUACAUUGAUAUUGGUUUUGACAAGCAAGGCAUCGAAAAGAGGUUCGGUCUCUUCGCUUUCACUCUCACCUUCCUUCUCUCUUCCACAACUGAAACCCUUCCAAUCUUCAUCAAUGAAAGGCCAAUAAUUCUGAGAGAAACUUCAAGUGGGGUUUAUAGACUCUCUUCUUAUCUAAUGGCUAACACCCUUGUUUUCUUGCCUUACUUGCUCGCAAUCGCAAUCAUAUAUUCGAGCUCAGUCUAUUUCUUGGUGGGUCUUUGUGCUUCAUGGCAAGCUUUUGCAUACUUUGUGUUGGUCAUAUGGGUCAUAGUUUUAAUGGCAAACUCGUUCGUGCUCUUCUUGAGCUCUCUUGCCCCAAACUACAUUGCUGGCACUUCGCUCGUGACAAUACUCUUAGGGGCUUUCUUUCUCUUCUCUGGCUACUUCAUCUCCUCAGAGGGUUUACCAAAGUACUGGCUUUUCAUGCACUUCCUCUCAAUGUAUAAGUAUGCACUAGACGCCCUCCUCAUCAAUGAGUAUUCUUGCCUCGUCUCAAGGUGUUUGAUAUGGUAUGAAGAGAACAAAGAGUGCAUGGUGACUGGAGCCGAUGUGUUGCAGAAGAAAGGGCUCCAUGAGAGGCAGAAAUGGACGAAUAUUUACAUCUUGAUUGGUUUCUUUGUGUUUUAUCGCGUGCUUUGCUUGCUGGUUUUGAUCAGAAGGGUCUCAAGAUCAAAAAGAUGACACACACGCAUAUUAUUAUUUACUCUGUAAUGUUUUUUUUCUUUUGGUCAUUUGUUUUUCAAGAACUGAAGCUCCUGUGAUGGUUCCUUGGGCUUCGAUUUGUUGACAGAAAUAAUUGAAAUACAGUAUUAAAGGAAGUUGCUUCA